GCGCGCUCAUGCUCGUUCAUGUGAAGCUGUGGAAGUUUCCCUACAACUCCAGGCAGCAGUCAAUAAAGAAAGACUGGAGAGAAGUGAGUGCGGCUGAGGGAAUGGGCCCCAGACACACGGCUCCACGCAAAUAACAAGUUUGGAUAUUUACCUGUGGCUCGCGUUGAAAUCGUCAUCCUCGCGUGUGUGGGUGCUCUUAGAGCAGAGAUGUAGGCCACUCUUUUUUUCCCCCUGGAUCAGACUGUAUCUCAUGAUGGACCUUUGACACAUAGUCCAAUGGACAUGAGGGGGAUGUAAAGAGUACCUUCCAAAUUAACAGUGGUUCUUCAUCGUGCCUUUCAUGGGACACAGCCUUUUCAUGAUAACACAGUGGAUGUGACAGCCAUGGAUUCGGUGCGGGCCGCUCAACAAUCGCCUCCCGUAGCCCCACCACCUCCACCUCCUCCGCCCCCGCCCCCUUUGCCACCUGCUCCCCCCAGUGUCCCAACUCUAAAUCGGCAGGACACUGUCAGGCGCCAGCUCAGGAAACUAAACUGGGAGCGAAUUCCCAAAGAGAGGGUAGAGGGGCGUAAGAGUGUUUGGACUGGAGCAGGCCUGGACGAAGAUGAGUUCCCCAUUGAUCUCAAUUCUUUGGAUGAGUUGUUUGGACAGAAAGACAAACCUCAGGAUAGAACCAGACAGCUGAGGCGGAGGUCUACAUUGCUGCGCUGUUUGUCUCCUCAGGAUGACACAGAGGAGAUUUCUCUUUUGGAUUCAAAGCGCAGUAUGAACAUUGGAAUAUUUUUGCGGCAAUUCAAAAUGCCGCCUAAGGAGAUUGUGGAAGAUAUCAGAAAGGGUGCUGGGGAUCACUAUGGAGCUGAAAAACUCUCCGAGCUUUGCAAAUUAUUACCUGAUGGCGAUGAGGUAUCUCGCCUGAAGAAAUUUAGUGGGGAGCGCAGCUGUCUGGGGGAGCCUGACCUUUUCAUGUUGCUCUUGGUUGAAGUCCCCAGUUUUCGGCUGCGUCUAGAUGCCAUGAUCCUGCAACAAGAGUUUGACCCUGCCGUGACCUCUCUGUGUGUGGGAGCCAGAUGUCUGAGGGAGGCCGCACGAGAACUGCUGAGCUGUCCUGAGUUACACUCCAUCCUGCGUCUGGUACUGAAGGCAGGAAACUAUAUGAAUGCUGGUGGCUAUUCGGGUAAUGCUGCAGGUUUCCGUAUUCCUUCUUUGCUCAAGCUCGCAGAUACUAAAGCCAACAAGCCAGGAAUGAAUCUUCUGCAUUUUGUUGCAAUGGAAGCUGUGAAAAAGGACCAGAGUUUGCUGUCUUUUCCCAGCCAACUAGGUCAUGUUGGCCCCGCCUCCAGGCUUUGCAUGGACUCAGUCCUGGAGGACCUUUCUAAGCUGAAAGGCAGAGUUGCGACCCUGAAGGCAGACAUUCAGUGUGAGCCAGAGAUUCAGCAGCACGCACAGUUCCUGGAGAUGGCUGAGGAGCGACUGCGGGAGGUGGAGGAUGAAGUUGAAGGUAUGCGAAUGUCCAGUCAGGCUCUGGUGGACUUCUUCUGUGAAGAUGACAGCACGUUUAAACUAGAGGAGGCCUGCAGGGUCUUUCAUAUGUUUUGCCUUCGUUUCCAAAGAGCUGUUCAGGAGAAUACUGAACGAGAGUUGAAGGAGCAGAAGAGGUUGGAACGUCAACGUGAAAUUGUGGAAAAGCGCCGCUCCGUGGCUGUUUGUACGGGACUAGACCUGGGCCUGAGCCUGGCCAGAGGUCCUCAGACUCUGGAAAACCAAGAUGAACUAGAGAAACUUCUGGAGAAGAACUUGAGAUCCACGUGGAGUCGACGGAGCCUCAGAGGUGUGGACUCUCGCAAACACCUUCAAAAUGACAAUGUUCGCCGGCAUAACUCAUUCACAAUAAAACGUUUUCCAGAGCUUGGAAGCAGCCCCACAUCAAAUAGUUGUCACUCCAACAGUUCAUCUGACCAUGAGACUACUGCUGCGGUUUGUAGUUCGCCUGACACUGAUGGCACGUGUUCACCUAUUGAGUCAGAACCUGUGCUGGAUGUUCGACUUAAUCCAAACAAGGACUCCUCUUUUUCAAAAUCCCAUCAUGAACGUUAUAAAAUUAGGCACCAUGAGAGUGACAGUAUUUCCUAUGGUAUGCAUGGUCAUUCAAAAUUUACUGGGACAUGUGUAAGUGAAAGUGAUAUUUCAAAUGAACAAAAAAUAUGUUUGCCCAGUUCUUUGACAAACUCUGCUGCUAUCUCCCCAAUUUGUCAAAGUGACAUGCUCAGUCAUCCAGUAGUAAAUAAUACUGACCCUUUUAAAAACCUAAAGGAGUCAUGUCUAAAUUAUUCUCAAACAAAAAAUCACACAAAGAUCAAUCAUCAAAAAUCUGAGAGUCAAUCAGAAAAUCCAGCCUAUACCAGUGAACUUAAUUCACAAGUGCCUACAGCUGCUGAAAAUACCAAACAUACAAACCCCAAAGUGACCUUCACCCCCAUGGGAGAGAACUGGAUGCCGUCUAGUUUACCAGAAUUAACCCAGUCCCAACCUGAAGAGAAUCCAGAUUUGCCCAGUCAGGAGCAGGACAACGUAAAACUAUACACACGUGUGGGUGAAAUGCUGGAGUGUCACACUUUGGUCAAAGGCUUGUGCUCUUAUGAUACAUUGUCACCCCAAUCCUCCCCCCUCCCCCGACCCACACCAAGCCUUUGCUCCAAGUGGAGAAAGGAGCGAGAAGUGGACCUUAGGGAUGGAAUGCCUCCAGGGUCUCCAGCCUCAAAGGAAGAGACCAGGACUAUGAAGGUUCCAGUGCGUAGAGGGAUCGGAGCAAAAAGGGGACUUGUUUCACGUGCAAGUCCUACUAAUAGCACUGGUAUUCCCAGGGUACGGUCUAAAGCUGAAAGUUCAAAUAGCACAAGCACACCUACAAACUCAAGUACUGCUAACCGUCCAACUCGUACUGUAUCCAUGAGGACAUCUCCUGUAUCCAGACCUGCUGCUCCUAUAGCUGACAUCAGAAGAAGUAACAGUACAAGGGACAAGACAACAAAACAGCCCCUUAUCCAUCGGACCUCAGACCAACCAGAGAAAAUGUCUGUCACAAACCAACCAGCUUUCAUCCGAGGAUCUCCACUCCGUGUGACUAAAAGACUUGCCCCAAACACUGAAACUCAGAUUCCCUCGCCACCUCGGAUAACUAAUAGUAUCACCUCUACCACUGCUAAGACCAUUCGUACAACUGUAAUAUCCGCAGCUCGAAGUAAAACUGCCAUGACAAUUGCACCCUCUAACCAACUGGCUACUAAUUCUAAAAUCCCUUCACGUAUUCCUAAUGCCAAAAUAGCACGUCCUACAUCUACUCAGCCUCUGUGGAAGUGAAUGGCAGUGACAUCAUUUUGCAAAUUCUUAAAGUUUGUAAUUUGUUUUAAAUUUAAGAAGAAAAACAUUGGUAAAUUUAUUAGAUUUUCUCUCUACCUCUUGUUCCUUCUUGUCCUUUGCAGGCAUUGGACCAUUAUUCAACACAUGUUCUCAAAAUGUAGGCUAUUUUAGGAUAGAUUGGACCAUUUUUACAGUUUCUUAAAUUAAUCUGUAAAAAUGCAUUGUUUUACAAAAUUUGUUUAAUUUUUGUCAUAAUUAAGUUCAUGUAAACUGUCUCACGCUAUGAUCAGAGCUUGGUACAGCACCAUACAGUGACCCCUCUUUAUUUCAGAAGGAGGCUCCUGGGACUAUGCACUUUACAAAGUAAACAAGGGGCUCCUUUAGUGUAAUUUUAUAUUUAAAAAAUCAAUAAUAAAUUUAAACAGUGGCUGAUGUUCACUGUCAAAUGUCUGUUUGUAAAUGAAAAAUAAAACAAAGCAACCCUG